AUGGCUAUUACCCCUGAAGAGAAAGUUAUGAUCACCAUCAGCUUCUACGAGAGCGAGGAGUGCGCAGUGCCAGCGGCGAAGCGCGCCUGCGGGGUGCCCGGGGGCGGACAGGGGCCCCUAGCGCUCUUCUCGCCGCCCCCGCACCUCACCCCCGCCACACCCGACGGCUUCUCCACACCAGGGUCCGCCUCCUCGGGACCCGGCUCCGUUGCCGGGGGUGACGACGAGUGGCGGAACAUCCACGUGAUGCUGAACUGCAUUCUGAGCAUGGUGGAGAAGACAAAACGAGCACUGGCGAUCCUGCAACAUAGGGGAGCAGUGCCUGGUGUAGUAACUGAUGACUGGGGUCGUGGUGACAUCAAGCGGACAGCUGCAGAUAUCAUGGCACAGACUAUCCGUGCCACAGAGGAGCGCGUAGCAGAGGUCAAGCGUCGUGCAGAGGAGGCAGUGAAUGAGGUGAAGCGUCAAGCUGUAGCAGAACUGCAACGUGCAGUGGCUCAGGCGGAGGCGAAAGCUGCUGAGCUGGUGGCAGCAGAGCGUGCCAAGGUGGAGAAGGUGCUGGCAGAGGCACGCCGCCAGGCUGUCCCUACAGACGAUGAUGAGCCACCUCCAGCUGGGGCGACAGCGGCAACAGCCAAUGCCUGCUGGAACUGUGGACGACGUGCCAAUGAGACAUGCAGUGGCUGCAAUACGGCACGCUAUUGUGGCGCCUUUUGCCAACAUAAGGACUGGGACAGUCACCACCAGGUGUGUUGCAAGCUGCCUCCACCUGUACCACUUUCGGUGCCAGCUGCCCCGAGCCAGCAACCCACAUCUAGUCCUGCAGUUCCGCCAACGGUAACUGGUGUGUCGCCUUCUGGUGCAACUCCAGCCAAGUGA